AUGUCACUACAAAAUAUACUUCAUAAAAAAUUUGUCCUAAUCAUAAUAUUUAUAUUUUUAAUAAUCCUAACAUUACUUAAUUCAAACGUAGUUAAUUGGUACGAGGAAGGAAAGACCAGAAGCCUAACUGGUUCAUUUGCUAAUUCUGGAAGUAAUGAUACAACAACAAUGGUGUUAAAACUAAUGAAAUUAGGGAUUGUUGAAGGUUAUGAAAUUCGCCGGAUAAAAAUGUUUAAUGAUCGAGUUUACUUGGACCGUUAUCGGCGAAGUUAUUGGUUUGGAGAUCGUUACUAUGCAUUAGAUAAUAAAUAUUUUCUUGAAACCCGCGAAACCUGUGCAUAUAGAAUGAGAGAUGAGGAAAGGAAAGAUUUGGAAUAUGAAGAACAACCAUCCGAGCCUAUAUUGGACAUAAUUUAUCAGUAAUCUUAAAGAAACUUAUAAAAGUAACUAGUAAUUUAAUAGAUGUCAGCGAUAUGUACAACAUUGCUGUGGGUUGGACUGCUGUAAUAUUUUUUG